AAGCAGCCAGAGGGAUCACAUCAUUUAGAGUUCAGGGGACUGAGCGACGUUGUAUCAAUUUACAAAAUGAGAUUGACCAUUGUGCUGAUUGUGUCGCUGUUUAGUGGCUUAAUUUUGGCCCAGGAAGGUGAUAAUGUAAGUGAGAAACUAAAGGCUAUGGAAACCAGACUGGUGAACAGUGAAACCAGACUGGUGAACACUGAAACCAGACUGAUGGACACUGAAAACAGGCUGAAGGAGAGUGAAAACCAGAUUCUUGAACUGAAGAACAAAGAAAAGAAGACGGUCAUAUUCAGUGCAGCAACAGGAGGAGGAGGUAAUCACAUUGGACCCUUCAACACAGACACAACUUUAAUCUACAGAACCAUGAUUACUGACAUUGGUGGUGCCUACAGUCCAUCCACAGGUGUCUUCGUUGCCCCGGUUGCAGGUGUUUAUUACUUUACCAUCUUCUUUCAUGCUGGAGGGAACCUUGCAGCUAAGUUAACGCUCAACAAGAACAAUGACUUAGUGGUCAUGACCCAGGAUCACCCUUCAACCUUUGACACAGCUGAUAAUGGAGGAAACGCAGUGUUCCUGCAGCUUGUUCAAGGAGACCAGGUGUAUGUGCGCCUGAUUGCAAAGACGUUUGUUUGGGGAACUGACCAUCAUACAACCUUCAGUGGUUUUUUGGUCACUGAAAUGUGAAAAUCAGUAUCUCUGUAGUAAUUCUUGCUUGAGGGUGGCUGAAAAAGAUCUGAGCUCUCUAUAAACUGAAUAUCUAUCACCAUGACAUGUUCAAAUGUAAUGAAACACAAAGCUGUUGCUCAUAGAAUUAUAAAAUGAAGUUUAAACAUUUUUCUUCGAUCAUUGCUAUAUUAAAUUUGACAGUGAAUUUCUUGUUUUCUGUUUCCUGAAUAUCUUAAUAUAUUGAGUGUUGGGCCUCUCAAUUAAAAGCUCCAUCUCAUUGCAACAACCUCUCAACUUAGAUGUCUAACCUGCCUGAUAAUGCAUCAAUGGAAGACACAUGGAGCGAGAAAUAAAGACAUGGAGAAGUUCCAUUUA